AUGGGUCAUCCCAGGGACCCCACCUUCUUGGCUUUGAUGGGGUCCCCAGGCUUUGAUGGGUCAUGCCAGGGACUCCACCUUCUAGGCUUUGAUGGGUCAUCCCAGGGACCCCACCUUCUUGGCUUUGAUGGGUCAUCCCAGGGACCCCACCUUCUAGGCUUUGAUGGGUCAUGCCAGGGACUCCACCUUCUAGGCUUUGAUGGGUCAUGCCAGGGACCCCACCUUCUAGGCUUUGAUGGGUCAUCCCAGGGACCCUACCUUCUUGGCUUUGAUGGGUCAUCCCAGGGACCCCACCUUCUAGGCUUUGAUGGGUUAUGUCAGGGACUCCACCUUCUAGGCUUUGAUGGGUCAUGCCAGGGACUCCACCUUCUAGGCUUUGAUGGGUCAUGCCAGGGACUCCACCUUCUAGGCUUUGAUGGGUCAUCCCAGGGACCCCACCUUCUAAGCUUUGGUGUGUCAUCCCAGGGUUCCCACCUUCUAGGCUUUGAUGGGUCAUCCCAGGGUCCCCACCUUCUAGGCUUUGAUGGGUCAUGCCAGGGACUCCACCUUCUUGGCUUUGAUGGGUCAUCCCAGGGACCCCACCUUCUUGGCUUUGAUGGGUCAUCCCAGGGACCCCACCUUCUAGGCUUUGAUGGGUCAUCCCAGGGUUCCCACCUUCUAGGCUUUGAUGGGUCAUCCCAGGGUCCCCACCUUCUAGGAUUUGAUGGGUCAUCCCAGGGUCCCCACCUUCUACGCUUUGAUGGAUCAUGCCAGGGAAAAUGGCAUUUUAUCAGCAAUAUCGGUUUCUUAUAUUUGUUAAUCAUCUUUAAACAAUGA